AUGGCCGAGGCCGACCUCGAACGAGCCCUGAGAAUUAUGCGAGACUAUAACGCAUUGCAGAAUGCACAGCGAGCUUUCACAGAGUCGACAUUUGAUAACAGAACAAGCGAUUUCAACACUGGAUGUGCUGAUCAUAUAUGUCUGGCUAAAGCGCCUCUCAAAAUCAACCCACGGAUCAUCCGUCGCUGGCAACGAAGAAUCGCUCUCGAUGCUAUGCCAGACGAUAAUGCUUUGCAACUCGCUAGCUCUGAGAAGUCCAGCUCAGCGGACUUUGAUUCAAUAGCUCUGUAUGAGGCUAUCUCUGACGGUGUCAGUUCUGUUGACUCAGAGGGAGAUGCAGAGCAGAAGCAGAGGUGGGUUGUUAAGGCGAGAUCGAUGGGAUGUCAAGUAGACUGA